CCACGCUUGCACGUGAUGGAGGGGACCCACGUGGGUCGCGAUCUCAUCUCCGAGCUCUGCUUCACGAACCCCGUGGCACGCGCCCUGCACCGCGUGCGCGUCCGCGUAGAGGGAGCCGGCGUGCCCGCGCCGGGCAACAUACUUGUCGGCAACGUGGAGGGGCACGGCUACACGCGCGUGCCCGUGGUUCCCAAGCGCCGCGGGGAGCUCACGCUGAUCGCGAGCCUCGACUGCACGGAGCUGCCGCAGGUGCACGGGGGAGCCACCUUCCAGUGCGAGCCCUGAGACUUCAACAUCACCACCAUCAUCAACAUCAUGAGUCAACCACCAUCAUCAGCAUCGAGAGUGGUACCACCAUGAUCGUGAUCGAGUGAACUAUCAUGAACGUGUUCAUCAUCAUCAUUAUCAUCAAGGUUGCACUCAUGACACACAAAGUGCUUGCCACAAAUAUAUCACAAAUUCCUUGCUGAUCUCGUCAAGGAGCGUAAACCAUCACGAGAACUCCGCUCAUCCUCGCAGUGGCUUUUGGAUAGCCAUCAAACAAAGACGGUCACUGCAUCGCGCACUUUCAGAUCCGCUUGUGUGGCCGUCUGGAGCACUCUUUCUUCCGAUAUCAGGAAGCCGCUGAAGCUCUUCACUGUUAAAUGUAGAUUGAACACUCAUUUAUUUAGAAAUGCGUUUUGUGUUUAGUUUGUUGUCCUUCCCCGCACCUCCGACUCGCGCGGUUGGCUGCGCACGGUGCGAAAGAAGUUCAACGUACAUUUCAACCACCAGGAUCGUGUUCAUCAUCAUAAGAUGAUCGUUAUCAGAAUCAUCAAAUUGAAUGGGGACCAAAAAUCGUGACGGGGUGUGGGGGGUGGAGAAUAAUCAUUACAGAGCCGAUGUUAUGCACAGACUUCAGGCGCGAUAGACAAGAACGCUACCGCCGUGACGUCACUGGAAUGCGGUUACUCAUGAAGAAGGGGAAUGACAUCGUUGAUGUCGCCAGUGGCGUUUAUUUAACCACGCGCAUCGCCAUCGCUUCCUUCUUCCAGUUCCUGCAGUUGUUGGAGACGACACCGCACCUUCGAGGUCUUUCGAUGGUAACAGUCUGGCUCAAGGUCUUCCAAUUGAUCCUAUUAUAUAUAGAUUUAUAUUUUGGCUUAUUACAAAGUGCUUUACAACAAUUAUAAUAUAAGAUGAUGGGUUAAUAAAGGGGCUGUUGUAGUUAUGGUAGGACAGGUGUGAGUGGUUAAG